CCGCAGCACCUACAAACGAUCCCAAGUUUGUCCAAGGACACCUGGCACUACAACUAGAGGUCACCCCACCCCAAACUCACGUCUAUCAACCUCAGAUUCUCUAUUCCAAUCAGAGUUACUCAAGGAGACACUGCUGGAAAUUCAAGCGGGAAGAGAAGGUUGAGGCAAUAUGAGAACAUCACUGGUUUCCAGCACCAGGCGCGCAGCCGCCCACCUCUGCGUGGCAUGUCGGAGAGACGCGGUAGUGGGACUUCCCAGCCAGAACGCGGCAUCACGAGUGGCGGCAACAGCACCAGCCCGCCGGUCCCUACGGACCGCCGUGACACAGCACAUUCAGGGGCCGGCCACGCACCGCUGGUCCUCUGUCUCACAAUUCCGCCACGGCUCAACCAGCUCCUCGACCGCGACCGCACCGCAACCACAUUCCUCCCCUUCAUCUCCUCAAUUACCAGCCUACUACGCCCUUUUCCCCGAGACCCUCCCGGACGGCCCACCCCCGGCCGGAAAAUUCCACAUCGACGUCCGCGCUCUCCGGCGCGAGUUCCUCCGCCUGCAGGCCGCCUCACACCCAGAUUUCUACCACUCCGCCUCGCACUCCAACUCUGCUGCCUCGCAGCAAGACAAAAGCACCAAAUCCUCCGCCCGCCUACGCGCCGAAGCAACCUCGGCUCUGAUCAACACCGCCUACAAGACCCUCUCCAACCCGCUCCUCCGCGCGCAGUACCUCCUGCGCGAGCAAUACGGCAUCGAUCUGGAGGGGGACGAGGCUGGGAAGCACUCGGAGCCGGACCCGGAACUGCUCAUGACGGUGCUUGAGGCGCGCGAGGCGAUGGAGAUGGCAGAGAAAGAGGAGGACUUGGCUGGUUUGGUGGAGGAGAACGGGGCGAGGAUCGAGCGGAGCGAGACGGUCAUCGGGGAGGCGCUCGAGAAGGGGGAUUUGGAGGCGGCGAAGGGGGAGGCGGUCCGAUUAAGGUAUUGGGUUAAUAUUCGCGAGGGGUUGACGCAUUGGGAGAAGGGGAAGGAGGUUGUUUUGCAGCAUUGAUUAUGCACUGAGUGAGGUUAAUCUCGAUGGGCCUGGGGUUAGUCAUGGGACGAGCGGUGGGAUGUUAUGUCAAAGGCACAGAGACGGUGUGCGGUGGGUGGUGGGUUAUGUGAUGGAAGGAAGAGGAGGAGGAGUUCGGAUAUCUGGGAAGGAUUUAGAUGUCAGCACGAUCCAGCGUGAUAUUUCAUAUGGUAGGAAAAUCAUGUAAGGGGAUGAUUGAGAUAAUACCCAGCUCUGGCGCACUGUUCGUUGGCAUUGCAUCGGUUUCACAGUCGGUGUCAGCUCGAGCUCGAAGCCUCAAUUGAGAUAAACGGUUC